AUGUUCUCCUUGCCAAGCGACACUCACCAUUGUCGAAUACCGGCCCGCCCUCCUCCCGACACCCUUAUUCCACGUCUUCGUGAUGCCCUCUCUGUUCUCGAUGCCCGGAUGGCAGCUCUUUCAACACAAAGACGCGACAUCGAGUCCCGCCUUGAACAGGCGGUCCGUCUCCAGUCACCUGUGCUCCGCCUCCCAAGUGAACUGCUUUCGUCGAUUUUCGUUAUUGGGGUACUCGGAAAUCCAACGGACGACGAUCAAGGCGAUGGAGCUGUCAUGCUUCCAGCUCUUAUGCUCGUCUGUCGGUACUGGUUGCAAGUCGCGUUGGCUACCCCUUGUCUGUGGUCCCAAAUCACCGUCAGCCCACUCCAUUCGUUGGAACAAGCUCGUCGCAAACUUGCGAGGUCAAGUUCCUGCCCGCUUGACAUCAACAUCAACUUUGCGCCGCGGACAGACUAUUCUUCCAACAACUCUGGCGUCAUGGAGCAGGUUGUUCGAUCCAUGGACAUCUUCAGCCCCGCCAUUUGGCGGAUCAAGUCUCUUAGACUCAGUGUCCCUAAUCGGUCUCAAGCUCAUGCCGUUUUAUUGCGGUGUCAGGCUGAUGCGCCACUUCUUGAGGUCUUGUCUGUACGAGUCUUCCAUGCCCUCCAGGACGACAGUCAUUCUGCUCCGCCUCUUCCCUUAUUCAACGGCUCAACACCACGACUUCGCUCGUGUUCAUUCACGUCGUUUAAUUUCGGCUGGGAUAUCAGCCUCGUUUCACGCCUCCGUGUGUUGAAGUUGGGAGGCUAUUUCAACGCCCAUACCCCAUCCGCCAAUGUCCUUCUUGGCAUUCUGCGCGAAUGUCCGCAGCUCGAAGAGUUUGCCUUGCGCAAUUUCUCUGACGUCGACUGUGCUCCGUGUUUUACACCGACAGACUUUGAGUUUCCGACACUGACCAAAAUCGCUCAUCUACCAAAGUUGAAGCGGGUGGUCUUCUACUGUGCGGGAUUCGCAUUGACUCGACAACUCAUGGCACAGUUUUCCUUCCCAAACCUCGAGUCGCUUGAGCUCAGCUAUCUGGAGAAUGUCACCCCUAUUCUUCAGUUGUUAUACACUCAAUCACUCACUUAUCUACCAUUGCGAAAGCUGCGCAUAGAAUCUUGCCUCUUCAAUGAGCAGAAACUAUUAGCCUUGCUUCGCCGCACCUCACUGGUGGAAUUGGAGCUGGUUGAUGUGGAAGAUGCCUCAUCGGGGUUACUCCGGGGUCUAUCUUCGUCGCAACCGUGGAUUUGUCCCAAGUUGGAAUCUCUGACCCUCGAUGGAUGUACUUCGCUCGAUUGGGACUCGUUACGGACAUUCGUCGAGUCUCGGCUUCCCGCCAACUCCCCAGUUUACCACCAGCCGCGCGCGAUAACGUCUGCAUCCGUUGCGGCAGCUGAGCAUGCUUUGCGAUCACGUUCCCAGUUUCCGGCAGCCCCACGAAAUGUCCUGGGGCCGCUACGUUUGCGUUGUAUCGACGUCACCCGAUGCAGCCAAAUCAGUAAGGAAAUGGUCCAAUGGCUGCGAAUGUAUGUCGCACAAGUCAAGUGUGAACGGGCCAAAGGAGUUUGGGGCGAGCCCGUGCAUUGA